CGACGCGCGCUGCGUCAGUGUUCCGCGAGCUUCCGUCGCGCUCAGUUCGUCUCGUUUUGUUCGCCCGAGAUUUGCUCUCUCGGAUCACCGGUGGGGAGGGAGUCGCCGUCGUCAUCGCCGCCGCCGCCGCCGCCGCCUGCAGCCGUCGCCGCUGAGAAACGCCACGAGACAAAAGUGCCUUCUUCCUACGCCGCGUACGAUACCACCUCGAGAUGGCGGACGACAGCCACGAGAACGGCACCAGCAACGGCGACGUGCCGGAGAUUGAGCUGAUCAUCAAGGCAUCGACGAUCGAUGGACGUCGCAAAGGCGCCUGCCUGUUCUGCCAGGAGUACUUCAUGGACCUGUAUCUCUUGGCGGAGCUGAAGACGAUCUCGCUGAAAGUAACCACAGUGGACAUGCAGAAGCCGCCGCCCGACUUUCGCACCAACUUCCAAGCCACGCCGCCGCCGAUCCUGAUCGACAACGGCGACGCGAUACUGGAGAACGAAAAGAUCGAGCGGCACAUCAUGAAGAACAUCCCCGGCGGGCACAAUCUGUUUGUACAGGAUAAGGAAGUGGCCACUCUCGUGGAGAACUUGUUCAGCAAACUCAAGCUGUUGCUGCUGAACGCGAAGGAAAAGGACAGGGAUCCUAAGUCGUCGUCAUUGAUGGCGCAUCUGCGCAAGAUCGACGAGCAUCUGGGCCGCAAGGGCACGCGCUUCCUCACCGGCGACACCAUGUGUUGCUUCGAUUGCGAGCUGAUGCCGCGGCUACAGCAUAUCAGGGUCGCCGGCAAGUACUUCGCGGACUUCGAGAUACCGGAGACCCUGGUACACCUCUGGCGGUACAUGCACCACAUGUACAGGCUCGACGCUUUCCUGCAGAGCUGCCCAGCUGAUCAGGAUAUUAUUAACCACUAUAAACUGCAACAGAGUAUGAAGAUGAAGAAGCACGAGGAGCUGGAGACGCCGACCUUCACCACGAGUAUCCCAAUCGAGGUGAACGACGACUAGACACACCGCACGCGCGCGCGCGCGCGUGCGGACUUUCCCUCGAAGUCGAGUCUGCGAUCGUGUGACUUCGAUUAGACAUCGAGAUCGGCCGGCCUAGCGAGACGACGACGAAUCGACGCUUCAGGAGCGGAGUUUCAACGGCACGCCUUUUUGUAAUUUAAUAUCAGCGAUAAAUACCAGCAAUGAAAACGAUCGAUCGAGUCCGUUGGGACUUCUGUCUUUCCCAGCUGCCAAGCUCGCGGUCGUCGUCGCGUUCCUGAUCGGUUCAUAUUUUCUACUAAUCAUUGUUAGAUUGUCUGUCAUCGAGCCCUCUUCUCUUUCUUCUUCUCUCUCUUUCUCUCUCCUUGUCUUCUAUUUCUGCGAGGAUUCGAGUCAGAUGUGAACGCUUUUUUACCGCAAACGACGCGAAAACGUGUACAAGUGCAUUUAAGGCUUUUCGAAAAAUCUUACAAACGAAAUUCUUAGAUUAUCUCCUUCUUUUCUUCUCCCACUUCGUUGCUAUACUUUUUCCCAUUACGUACCGACAGGUGUACGUAGUUUUUGACCUGAGUAGUAUUAGUAAGAUUUUAAUUUGCUACUGUUGAUUUAACGAAUGAGUUUAUUCACGGAAGAAGCGAUGGUUUCCGCCAUUCCGGCGAUAUGAGCCGCGGAAACCGACAAACGGUGAAUGCAAAAGAAACGUAUGCGUCGAACGGAACAACUGAAUUGGUGCCAUUGCUUAUAUAAUUUUGGGAUCUUGUAAAAAUGAUUCUUUCGCAUAGAAGUACUAUUUCGCGAGACGUACUAUUAUCAUGUAGGAUAAAACGUAGGUAAACCAAAUUGGAGUACGAAUUGUGAGACGUUGCGUUACUGUUUCCAAGUUGCGAGCAUAAAAACGGUUUUCUUGCA